UGUUUCGAUUCCAAUAGAUUUCAACGAUUGAAAUCAAUAAAAUGUGAAAUGUAAAGAAAAAAGAUAUCUCCUUUCUCUCCUCCUCCGUUGUUCUUUGAGCUGGCAACCGCACACAACCAUCAAAAAGAACUUUUGUUCAUCGUUCUAUCAAUUCCCAUCUGGGAAUUUGGCUUUUUCCAUCAAUCAUCUUCCCUGUGUUUUCUCGCCGACGAGCUCCACCCACCUCCACGUUAAUCCCAUCUUCCGGAGCUAUAGAUUCAUGGCGGCGACAAAAUCCCAGAAAUUUUCGGCGGAUUUUGUGAUGGGUGGAGUUGCUGCGAUUGUGGCCAAAACUGCAGCCGCACCCAUUGAAAGGGUCAAGCUUUUGUUGCAGAAUCAGGGGGAGAUGAUAAAGAGAGGCCAACUUAAGAACCCAUAUCUUGGAAUUCAUCACUGUUUCAGAACUGUUCUCAAAGAAGAAGGCUUUUUGUCUCUAUGGAGGGGAAAUCAGGUUAAUGUUAUUCGGUAUUUCCCUACUCAGGCUUUCAACUUUGCAUUCAAAGGUUACUUCAAAACGAAAUUUGGUCGCUCGAAAGAGAAGGAUGGAUACAUCAAGUGGUUUGCUGGAAAUGUGGCAUCAGGAAGUGCUGCUGGAGCAACUACAUCUUUGUUUCUAUAUCAUUUGGAUUAUGCACGCACUCGGCUUGGCACCGAUGCAAAGGGCGGUGGCGGUAACAGUCAGCAUCAGUUCAAAGGGAUCUUUGAUGUGUACAGAAAAACAUUGUCAAGUGAUGGAAUUGUUGGUCUAUACCGAGGAUUUAGUGUUUCGAUCAUUGGAAUUACUCUGUACAGGGGCAUGUACUUUGGGAUUUAUGACACUUUGAAACCUCUUGUUCUGGUCGGACAGUUUGAGGGGAACUUUUUUGCUAGUUUCUUACUGGGGUGGAGUAUUACAACCUUUUCUGGGGUAUGUGCUUAUCCUUUCGACACACUGCGACGAAGAAUGAUGCUUACAUCGGGACAAACCUUGAAGUAUCGUAGUGGUUUGCAUGCAUUUUCUGAGAUCAUUCGCCAUGAGGGCAUUGCUGCUCUUUUUCGAGGAGUCACAGCCAAUAUGCUUGUUGGUGUUGCUGGAGCUGGCGUUCUUGCAGGUUAUGAUCAAUUGCACCGAAUCGCAUGUAGAAAUGGUUAUUCCUUUGGAGGGCAACAUCAAAUAGCUUCAAAAUGACUGAAAAUGGGACACACUUUUUCCUGGUUCGACUUCAAAAUUGAACUGGAUGGAUAGCAGGGAGAUUUAAACGAAGAAGAUGUUGAUUUGAUUCCCAAAAGAAAAAAAACCAUUGGGGUGAAGAAUGAAUACUAAGGCAUUGUCUGUGUAUAAUCCAUAAGUACAUCUUCAUUUGUUGGUUAUUUAUAUAAUGUAUGACUUAAAAGUUGAAAAUACAAAUGGAAGAAUUGCUAUGGGAAUCCAACCUUUA